AAAAUCCCAGUUAUAAACCCAUAAAAUAACCUCCCAAAAUUCUUACAAUGCUUUCCAAUCUCUCAUUCUCAUUAUUUCCUUCAAUUCUCUCGUCUGUACUCUGUAGUCUCUAAUACGUAUGAGUGUGUGCAUCCGUGUCUCUGGUUUUACACCUGUUCGCACCAAACACCGCCAUUUCACCCCUUUAUAAUCUUUCAUCUUCCUUUUUUCUUAUUCACAUUAUCACUCAAUCAUGCAUUUAAUUUGCAUGCAUUGAUUUAUCUCAUUCUGUAAUCUCAUCAUUUUUUCACCAUUUUUGUAUUUCAAUUUGUUAUAAUAUUCAAACUUAAUUUCGUACUGUUUAAAAAUGGCACCAGCAGCAGAUGCAACAAAUAACUGGCUUUCAUUUUCAUUAUCUCCUAUGGAAAUCUAUCACACUCCCCAGAUUCUUCCUUCCCAUCCCAUUACUAACCCUUCUCACAAUUACUAUCUUGACUCUUUUUAUACCCCUGAUUGGGGAAAUCAGAAGGCUAAUAUGGGAAUGUACACCGAUUAUUUGGUGGACCAGCAAAUAGAUAAUAACAACCCGCUUCAAACAACGUCAACAGUGCCAAAACUAGAAGAUUUCUUUGGCGGUGAUCAUCUGCAUACGACGUCGUAUAACAGUCAAACCGAGACGACAACUCAGGACUCGUCAUCCCAGUUAACUCAUCUCUAUGAGUCAAAUACACAUCAAAACUCGGUCCCCAAUUACUUUACUAGCCAUAAUACUGAUCAAUACCAGGAUCUUAAAGCUAUGACCCUCACUAAUAAUGGGUUUCAAGCAGAUUUAUCUGCUAACUCGGGCUCUGAGGUGGAUGACUCAACUGCAACUCAGUUGGGUGGUGGUGCAAAUGGGGCUGAGUUUGUUGGUCAUUCUAUUGAUUCGACACAGACCGAGUUAGUUCCGAGUUAUGCUACUGUAAAUGAUAGUAACAAUGGUGGGAGUUUGUCACUUUCAGUUGUUCCGCAAAGUGUCGAAAAAUCUGUGGUUGCUGCUGGGGGUGAUUCUGAAAAAUGUGUCAAGAAAAUUUCUGAUACUUUUGGUCAAAGAACUUCGAUUUACAGAGGUGUAACUAGGCAUAGAUGGACUGGUAGAUAUGAAGCACAUCUAUGGGAUAACAGCUGUAGAAGAGAAGGACAAGCUAGAAAAGGGCGUCAAGUUUAUUUGGGUGGGUAUGACAAAGAAGAAAAGGCAGCUAGGUCUUAUGACUUGGCAGCUCUAAAAUACUGGGGCCCCACUGCCACCACAAACUUCCCGAUUUCGAACUACUCAAAUGAAUUAGAGGAAAUGAAACAUGUAACCAAGCAAGAGUUCAUCGCCUCACUUCGAAGGAAAAGUAGUGGCUUCUCACGGGGCGCUUCUAUCUAUCGGGGUGUCACAAGGCAUCAUCAGCAAGGGCGGUGGCAAGCAAGAAUAGGCCGUGUUGUUGGCAACAAAGACUUGUAUCUCGGAACAUUUGCCACAGAAGAGGAAGCCGCUGAGGCUUACGACAUAGCAGCCAUCAAGUUCCGGGGGGUGAAUGCUGUGACCAACUUUGAGAUGAAACGGUAUGAUGUCCAGGCCAUCCUUAACAGCAACCUUCCUGUCGGUGGGGCAGCCAAACGAUUGAAGCUUGCUACUGAAGCAGCCGAUCAGAAGCCAACACUUAGCCUUGACCAACAGUCACAGUCGAGCAAUGGAAGUUGUGGUGGCAUGAGCAGCACGAUUAACUUCGCUGCCGUUCAGAAUCGGUCAUCAGUCCCUACCAUUGCCUGUACAAUGCCAUACGACACAACGACCGCCAUGUUUCACCAUAAUCUUUUCCAACACCUACAUUCCAACGGUGGGGCCCAAGCAGUUGCGUCGGACUCAUAUGGGUCAGGGGUAUCUUCCGUGGCAUCUCCCACUAUGUUGCUGAUGCCACCGACGCCUGCGGAGUUUUACAUAUGGCCUCAUCAAUCGUAUUAACAAGGUAGCCAACAUUGUGGACGUCGAAACUUAACGGAAAUCUAAUUUUGGAUGCAGAGAAGUCUCAUACAAACAUGUUUUUUUCCCUGAAGCUGACCCAAGACAUUAUAUUUUGAUCUGACCCAUUUGGCAUUAAGCCUCAUAGUGUAGUGUGAUUAACCUUAUGACAAAGGCUGAUUAUAGUAGAGAGAGAUCUGGGGUUUAAUUUAAAAGUUGGUAGAAAAUUAGAGGCUAAUACUGGAAAUUUUGUAUAUGUAUAGCAGCUUAAUUUCAAUAGCUGAAUUAUCAGAUUGGUGUGCUUGGUAUUUUGCAAAAAUGUCUCACCGGCAAAAGAAAUA